UUCUGCAGCUCGAAUUCUGCUGUUUUGGGUUAGGCUAAACGAUAUAAAAAAACAGUCAAAAAAAUUCACGCAUAAAGAGGUUUCAGUAUGCGAACAAGAGUCCCAACGAAGAUCUUUGCUCUGCUGUGUGUUUUUCUUCUUUAUGGGACUUUGCCUUCACUGCGAGCAGAGAAACACUCGCUGUAUUACAUUUACACGGCUUUGUCCAAACCUGUCAAUCAGCCGGGCAUCUAUCAGUUCAGUGCUAUGGGUCUGCUAGAUGACAGACAGAUCGACUCUUACAAUAGUGAGGAACAGACGAAGAUUCCCAAACAGCAGUGGAUGAAAGAGAAAAUGCAGGAGGAUUACUGGGAAAAAGGCACCCAGUCCAGAAAGAGCAAAGAACAGUGGUUUAAUGUGAAUGUUGAUAUUCUGAUGAAACGCAUGAGACACAAUGAAUCAGAUCUUCAUGUUCUUCAGUGGAGACACGGUUGUGAAGUUGAGCGGGAGGGAGAUGAAGUGAAGUUUUCCAAAGGCAUUAGUGAGUACGGCUAUGAUGGAGAAAACUUUCUGUUUUUUGAUGAUAAAGAGUCUCAGUGGGUCGCCCCAGUUGACGCAGCUGUACCAACCAAGAGAAAAUGGGACAAUGUGCCAAUCCUAAACCAAUACACUAAAGGCUACUUGGAGAAAGAGUGUGUGGACUGGCUCAACAAAUUCAGAGAAUAUGGAAAUGAGGAGCUCAGAAAAGCCUUUCCUCCAGAUGUUCACAUGUUUGCAAGGAAAUCCAGUGAUGAAUCCAAGAUGAAACUCACCUGUCUGGCCACCGGUUUCUACGCCAAAGACGUGACGAUGACCAUUAGGAAACAUUGCACAUCUCUGCCUGAAGAUGAGGUUGAAUCCACAGGAAUCAGACCAAACCAUGAUGGGACCUUCCAGCUGAGGAAGAGUGUGGAGAUCAAUGAGGACGGAAAAGCAGAAUAUGAUUGUUUUGUGUCCCACAGAAACUUCAAAUCAAUUAUCAUAAAAGUGGGACAAGCUACUGAAUCAUUGAACGCUGAAGCAUCUGCUGGACGAGAGAGAGCUGGAGAAACAUCAGAUAGCUGUGUGACUGGCUCUCCGGAGAAAGUCAUUCAAACUGAGAAACACUCGCUGUAUUACAUUUACACGGCUUUGUCCAAACCUGUCAAUCAGCCGGGCAUCUAUCAGUUCAGUGCUAUGGGUCUGCUAGAUGACAGACAGAUCGACUCUUACAAUAGUGAGGAACAGAGGAAGAUUCCCAAACAGCAGUGGAUGAAAGAGAAAAUGCAGGAGGAUUACUGGGAAAAAGGCACCCAGUCCAGAAAGAGCAAAGAACAGUGGUUUAAUGUGAAUGUUGAUAUUCUGAUGAAACGCAUGAGACACAAUGAAUCAGAUCUUCAUGUUCUUCAGUGGAGACACGGUUGUGAAGUUGAGCGGGAGGGAGUUGAAGUGAAGUUUUCCAAAGGCAUUAGUGAGUACGGCUAUGAUGGAGAAAACCUUCUGUCUUUUGAUAUUGAAGAGUCUCAGUGGGUUGCCUCAGUUGACGCAGCUGUACCAACCAAGAGAAAAUGGGACAAUGUGCCGAUCCUAAACCAAUACACCAGAGGCUACCUGGAGAAAGAGUGUGUGGACUGGCUCAACAAAUUCAGAGAAUAUGGAAACGAGCAUCUCAGAAACACCUCUCCUCCAGAUGUUCAUGUGUUUGCAAAAAGGUCUAUCAGAGACAAAACCAAGCUGAAACUCACCUGUCUGGUCAGUGGCUUCUACCCCAAAGACAUGACACUGGUUAUGAGGAAAUAUUGCACAUCUCUGCCUGAAGAUGAGAUUGAAUCCACAGGAAUCAGACCAAACCAUGAUGAAACCUUCCAGCUGAGGAAGAGUGUGGAGAUCAAUGAAAAUGAAAAAUCAGAAUAUGAUUGUUUUGUGUCCCACAGAACCUUCAAAGAACCAGUUAUCACCCAAUGGGAUGCUGUGACGGCAUGAUUGGGGUUAUGGCUGUUUCACACUGGAAGUGUAUGUGAGUGGAAGCAGUGGAAAUUGGAUUAGCAUGCUUUUUAAGCUCUACUUUCAAUCAUUUUAUCAUGCUUUUAAGUUGUUUGUUUGUUAGUUUGUUUUACACAAGCUACAUUUACAUGCACCGAAAUAAUCAAUAAUCAUAAAUAAUAAUGUUACUCAUGUAGCUCCGGCUGACAUUAAUGCGGUGGCUUUCUGAAUAGAUGCACUGUGCAUGCAUUACUUUUUGAUCGGAAUAUAUUGCAUGUAAAAUAUUUAUGUGAAAUUGAUUGCAAAGCUUAAGGCUCAUAUAAGCAGAAUUUUCAGAAUCUGAAUCGGGAUUGUAUUUAUUCGGAUUGUCAAAGAUUAGUGCAUGUAAAUAUACUGACAGUGUUAGUCAUGCUCAUUUUUAAUAUCAUUCCAUGUUAAUUUUGAUCACAAAAAAAAUCACCGUUACUUUAAAAGGAUCAUG